ACGGCUAUGACAAUACCGUCGCUCCUACGGACGCGACGAUAGGACUGGUUAAACAAGGAGAUGACGAUAACACUGACUCAAAUAGCAGCUACACCUACAUUGACGGCUCAGCAACGUCGCAGCGUGCAGCGGGCAGUGACUCUGAAGGGGGUGGCGAAGAGACUGAAACGGGCUACUACGAUCAUGCAGAUGCCACCGAAGAUCCUGACCAGGCCCAGGCCCAGGCCCCAGCACCAACACAAACACAAAUAACCUAUACUAACACACGACGAACGUCGCAGGACACGAAUACGAACGGUAUGUCCAGUCUGUCUGUGGCAGAGGGCAAUGGUAGUGGGGCAGACGGCUACACUACGAUAGAUAAGAGUUCUGUGGACUCGGCUGGUGCGAGAGCGCCUGGUAGUGCUCCUACGGCCGCUGCGAGACCGCCAGGAGUUCAAAACAAGGCUGCAUAG